UCCCUAGCAGGGGCUGACUGACCUUUUGGAAACUUGGGCACUGCCCAAGGGCCCGGGGUCAGUAGUGGGCCCCAUGAGAUACCCCUGGUACCUUUUUCAUAGGCUUUUUUUAGUUUGGGCAAGGACACAGGGGCCCCAUGAUCCCCUAUUGCCCAGGGGCCCCAUAAGUUGUCAGUCCACCCCUGGUCCCUAGGUAAUCCAUAAUUUGUGUUGUGAGCUCUUGUUCAAAUAAGCUUUGACAAU